UGCUAGGGGCGGGGUCGAUCGAUUUUUUUUCCCUCCCCUCGUGGGACCGCUUGUCUUCUCUCCUACCAUAGCUAUCCUUCUCCCGAAUUAAAAGUUGACCGUUUCUCGGUCUUGCCCUAAUUCCUUGUCCAAGAGUCGGGAUUGAAAGAGGCGCUAAUGGGAAGUUCUCAGAGCGCGGCCCUCCCCGGCGGCAGGACUGAAGGUUUCCACGUUCUUCGGGUGCAGGAGAACUCCCCAGGUUACUGGGCUGGUCUAGAACCGUUCUUUGACUUUAUCAUUUCAGCUGGUGAUACAAGGCUGGAUAAAGAUGACAACGCACUGAGGGAUCUGUUACUAGGGCAUGUGGAAAAAUCCCUCAAAAUGGCCAUUUACAACACCAAGACACAGGCUGUUCGUGAAGUCAGUGCAACACCCAGUAAUCUGUGGGGCGGGCAGGGCUUGCUCGGUGUCAGCAUUCGGUUCUGCAGUUUUGAAGGAGCAAAUGAAAACGUUUGGCAUGUUUUGGAAGUGGAGCUCAAUUCCCCUGCUGCACUGGCUGGCUUGAGACCAUACACAGACUACAUAAUUGGAGCUGAAGCAAUCCUCCGUGAGUCUGAAGACUUGUUCUCCUUGAUUGAAUCCCACAAUGGAAAACCACUAAAGAUCUAUGUGUACAACACUGAGACAGACAAUUGUAGGGAGGUGAUUAUCACGCCUAACAGUGCAUGGGGUGGAGAGGGCAGUCUGGGCUGUGGCAUUGGCUAUGGAUACCUGCACAGGAUACCAAUCCACAAGCAUUUAUCCGAGAGAAAGUUAUCACCAGUUCUUCGCACUAGCCUGCCUUCGAGUCCUAUGGUUCCUCUUUCAGCUCCGAGCGCUCCUGCAAUGAGUAACAUACCCUCAGGCCUGCCAAAGGAGCUGAGCGAUCUCAGGCUGGGAACAACAUCUCCUUCAAUCGCAGGCGCAUUCACACCAGGUUCUGCAGGUCUUUCAUUGUUCCCAGCCCCCUUGAAUGAACCUUUCACUGUGUCAUUAGCCAAUGCAGCCAUCACCACUACUGUGCCAGGUCUGAUAACCGCACCACCUGCCUUUACCAAUCUCCCCAACUUUCCAAAUCUAAAUGUGGCUUUCCCCAAUCUUGCUGUGGGGUCUCUGCCAGGAUUAGGGGGGAAUCCUGCGACCACAUCCACAGGUUCCCUCUUGUCACCCAGCAGCCCUGCCUCACAUCAGAUCCUCUCGAACCUGCCUCCAGCUGAUCCUGCCAGCAGUACUGUGCUUCCAGCUUUCUCUGCAGUGCCAGCGUUUUCUCCCAGCCCCUCGACUACAUCACAGAGUAUUACAGCAUCUUUUCCCUCUCAGUGGAGCCAGGUCUCAGAUCCUGCACCUGCAGUAGCUCAGGAAUAGUCUCCUAGUGGCAGCUGAGACAGUAACGUUGUCUUCCAUGCUUGUUCGCUGAAGCUGGCAGAAGGGUAUGGUCCACUCAGCACUAAUAAACGACAGAGGGAUGCCUACCCAAAUACACUGCUGCCCAGAUUCUAACCGAGUAGCAACAGUCUGACUUUACUAAAAAAAAAAUGCUUCCCAAUUUAGCAAUAUGUACAUAGCUGUCAGUCUAAAGAUGACUCUUUAGCAGCAUGACAAUCGUUUUAAGAAAAACCAUUCCAGAUAAGCUCACAGAACUCUAAGCAUAGAAUCCUUCUGUAGAAGCACACAGAGUGAAUCCUUCCUUUUCACGUUUGCAAUACCUAUUGCGCACCCAACCUUUUCACUAUAGCGCAGCUUGAUCAUCUUGGCAUGCUACCGUGUCUUCAGUUCAAGGUAUUUUGAAAAAUAGUGUGUUAAUAUCAAUACGGGGACCACUCCAGCAUUGUUUGCUGAGAGCUGAUUUAAAUUUUGAGAUGUAGCAGCUUACAAAAGCACUUCCCUGAAGGAAAUCUCUCCAUUAAUUCCCACAGUUUCAUUGAGUUGAGUCACUUUAAUCCAGCGAGUAUAGUUUUUUGUUGUAGUAUGAAUGAUUAUUAAAGUUGCUGAAAUACA